AUGCGUGAAAUCGUUCAUAUCCAAGCAGGUCAAUGCGGCAACCAAAUCGGGGCAAAAUUCUGGGAAGUCAUCUCCGAUGAGCAUUGUAUCGACGCCACGGGCUGUUAUUACGGCGAUUGCGAUUUACAAAUCGAGCGAAUUAAUGUUUAUUACAACGAAGCAACUGGCGGGAAAUAUGUGCCGCGUUCCGUGAUGGUCGAUCUCGAGCCAGGUACGAUGGAUAGCGUUCGCGCCGGACCAUUUGGGCAAAUUUUCCGCCCCGAUAAUUUCGUGUUUGGUCAAUCGGGUGCCGGAAACAAUUGGGCAAAGGGUCAUUACACGGAGGGCGCUGAACUCGUCGAUUCCGUGCUCGAUGUUUGUCGCAAAGAAGCCGAGGGAUGCGAUUGUUUGCAAGGAUUUCAAAUCACGCAUUCGUUGGGCGGCGGAACAGGCUCCGGCAUGGGUACGUUACUCAUCUCGAAACUCCGGGAGGAAUAUCCGGAUCGCAUCAUGAACACUUUUUCGAUUGUUCCGUCGCCAAAAGUCUCGGAUACGGUCGUUGAGCCGUACAACGCGACACUUUCCGUGCAUCAGUUGGUUGAAAAUACCGAUCAAACUUAUUGCAUCGACAACGAGGCACUUUAUGACAUUUGUUUCCGCACGCUGAAACUCACGACGCCCACUUAUGGUGACUUGAAUCAUUUGGUUUCGGCAACAAUGUCGGGAAUUACGACUUGUUUGCGUUUCCCCGGGCAAUUAAAUGCGGAUUUACGGAAGUUGGGCGUAAAUAUGGUGCCUUUUCCGCGUCUUCAUUUCUUUAUGCCGGGCUUUGCGCCGUUAACUUCGCGCGGAUCGCAGCAAUAUCGAAGCUUGACAGUGCCGGAAUUGACGCAGCAAAUGUUUGAUGCGAAAAAUAUGAUGGCAGCGUGUGAUCCGAGGCAUGGAAAGUAUCUUACGGUUGCUGCAAUUUUCAGAGGACGAAUGUCGAUGAAGGAAGUUGACGAGCAAAUGUUGAAUGUGCAAAAUAAGAAUAGCAGUUACUUUAUUGAAUGGAUUCCGAAUAACGUGAAAGUUGCUGUUUGCGACAUUCCUCCUCGUGGUUUAAAAAUGGCAGGAACUUUCAUCGGAAACACAACAGCAAUUCAGGAGCUUUUCAAGAGAAUUUCUGAGCAAUUUACUGCCAUGUUUCGUCGCAAAGCCUUCUUGCAUUGGUACACAGGCGAGGGAAUGGAUGAAAUGGAAUUCACUGAAGCUGAGAGCAACAUGAACGAUUUGGUCUCGGAGUAUCAGCAAUAUCAAGAAGCAACUGCUGACGAGGAUAUUGAAGACGAGGGAGAAGAAGAGAACUAA